AUGGCGGCGGGUUACGAGCACCCGUACGCACCGAGGGACCUGGAGCUGCCGGCCUUCGUCCCCAAUUUCCUGACCACCGUCGACAUCCUCAUCACCUAUGCCACCGGCUCCAUCCUCGCCGUCCUCCUCGUCUGGGCUUUCUCAGGUCCCCCUCCUCCAUCUUCUUCGUUAUCAUCGUCGUCGUCGUCGUUAUCUUGUUCUUCUUCUGUCUGUCUGUCUGUCUGUCUGUCUGUCUCUCUCUCUCUCUCUCUCUCUCUAGAUGAUGAUCGAUGAUCUCUUUUCUUCAUCUUCUGUAGGGCGCUAUCCGAAGCUGUCAAAGACGGACAGGAUCAUCAUGUGCUGGUGGGCGUUCACCGGGCUCACCCACAUCAUCAUCGAGGGUUACUACGCCUUCUCCCCUCGCUUCUACCAGAAUAAGACCUCCUUUUACUUGGCAGAAGUCUGUAAGUUCCUCCCCUCCCUCAAUCAUCAUCAUUGUCGUCGUCGUCGUCGUCGUCGUCCUCAUCUCACGAUCAUUUCAUUCAACUCUGCGAACAUCUACUUCUGAUCCCCUUCCCCCCCCCGUACCGUCGUCCAGCAAGAGAUCCUAGAUUCAUUAAUGGUGCCUUGAAGAAAAUUCUGCCGUCCGCAGGGAAGGAGUACAGCAAAGGGGACUCGAGAUACGCCGCCAGAGACCCCACCAUUGUCACCGUCGAAGGCAUCACCGCGGUCCUCGAGGGCCCCGCCUGCCUUCUCGCAGUGUAAGCACAACCACCUCUUCUCUCCCCUCCUCCCUCUCCUCUCAUUUUCUGCUGCUCCUUGAGAAGUAUUGCAGGUGGUCGCCCUAGACCUAGCCCUAGCCCUAGUAGCCUAGCCUAGCCCUAGCCCUAACCCUCACCCUAACCCUAACCUUAACUCUCCCUAAUCCUAACCCUAACCCUAACCCAUUCUGCUGCCAGAUGAGGAGGUAGAUCAGUGAUCCGAGACCCUAAAUCUGCUUUUUCUUCUUUCUCUGCUCUGUUCAUGAGAACCUUAAUUCUUCCUUCGGUGGGGAUGGGUGAGCUGGGAAGUCCUUUGCUUUGAAUCGUACCAGGCUGGCGAUUGCGUGGCAGAGGCCGUACCGGCACACGAUCCAGCUAGCGGUGUGCCUCGGGCAGCUGUACGGGUGCCUGGUCUACUUCAUUACCGCCCACCUGCUGGGCCACGGCUUCUCGGUCAACGCCGUCUACUUCUGGGCCUACUUCGUCGGCGCCAACAGCCCCUGGACGGUGAUCCCCACACUCAUAGCCGUCAGGAGCUGGAGGGCCAUCAGCGCCGCCACCGCCGCCGUCGCCCGCUCGCCGGGGGCGGGCAGCUCGAAGAAGGCCCGCUGA